ACGGAAGAAGGAAGUUAUGCACCUGUUGCUGCAGCUGCGUCUGGAUUUAGGACACCUUUAAACACAUUUCGAGACUUGCACAUACUAGCGGUAAGUAAAUCUUAUUCACCUUAAGAAAAACAAACACGUGUGAACAUCCAUACUAUCUGCUGGGAUAAACGGAAAUGGCGCGACUUUAAGUUUCGUUUCAGUUUAAGACAUGACUGUGUCCCGAUAGACCGACAGACUGAAUCACUGAUCGGUUUUUCUUUCACUUGUCCUGUAACCGUGAAGCCUGAUCAUGGAAGAAGUAGGCCUACAGGAUGCAGUAGUGUCAGGUAAGGAGCAGCUGGAUCAGCCGAGCUCCACUUUCGAAGGACCGGAGGAGACCCAGACUGCUGUCGGCUCAGGGCACACGGAGGAGCAGGCAGCAGAGGUCGGACCGGCGGCCCCGUCCUCCAUCCAGAAUGGAGCCAGCUCUGCGCCGACACCUGUGGACCAGUUCAGGUCAAGGAGGUUCUUCGUGCUGAGGGUAAAAGACUCUAUUUUAAUUCCCUUUGACAUUAGGAAGGCUUAAAACUUUUAUUUUAUGCAUAUUACCACACUAGCAGAAACUUGUGGAAGGUCAUUAAGUUUCCUCCUUAAGCCACAUUAACUUUUCAACCCCCUUGUGUUUAUUCGGUAUCUUUACUUAUUUAAAGCUAUUCUGCUGAAAUACUGUAUGUUUAGUAUCGUGGGCCUUAGGGAACAGUCAUCCAUAAUUUGAUUUUAUUUUACUUAGUUUUGACAUUUUAGGUGAAUUUCUUAUUUUAUCUUGGCAUAAAGUACAGUGUGUGGUAUUUAGACACAUUGCAAAUUUGUAUUGAUAAAUGUUUUGAUAGUGACGACUUGGCAAAUCUAGGAUCAUGCCUCUCCUACCUCACUGCAGCUUCCUGUCCUUAAACCACCCUCACCUCACUGACCUGAGGGGUGAGCAAAGGGGCAUUACAGUCUACAGUCUAACCAUUUCAUAUUUCUAUAUUUUCUAGUUUUAAUCUCAUAUCAUCCUAACUGGUAUCCUCAGUGUUGCUAAAGCACAACACAAACAGAACUAGACUUAACUUGCCUCAUUUGUCAGAGAAAUAGCAGCAUGACAUACUGUGUCGUACACUGUCCUUUUACAGUGAUGAGCCCAUAUGUUAUGUUUUCUUGAUUUGUGGGAAGUUGUGUCUUUAUCAUGAAAAGAGUAGCUCUACCAGCAGAUAAUGAGGUAACUCAGUUUGCGACAGUUGAAAAAAACAGCUUUAUUGCUCUGACACAAUGAUGUAGAAGUAAAGAUUUAGAGUAAAAAGCUGAAGAAGACUCAUCUACAAAGGAAAGUAACUAAAAUGCAUGGCAAUUAUAAUUUCAACUGUGUUUAUAUGAGUUAGGGACAAUGUACAACAUAAAACAUAAGUUUAACAUUUGGAUUGUAUUAAUUCUAAAUUAUGUUAAUCCUAGUGUCCUACUGUAGUAUGGUCCUACAGUGUUGGAAAAAAGUUUGGAAUAUUUGUCAAUUCAGCCCCAGCCUCUUGUUUAACGCGGUCUGCUGCUUUCUGGAUAAUUAUUCAAAGACUUUUUAAUGUUCCCUGGUCUCUGUGAUAUGUUUUUGAAAUUCACAUCAAACUAUUUUGUUUCUCAAAAAAUUGUAGGGCGGACACCUCAUGAUUCACAAAAAGCCAUAGAAAUAACGCAUAAAAUCAUGAGUCGGUAUUUAAUAAAUAAACGGCUGUAAUUUUAAAUUGCCACAAAAUACGUGGACCAUCUUUGAAAGCAACAUCAAACAUAACAAGACGAUAACAACAAUACAGUCAGUACUUUGUGUGACCGCCUCUAGCACUGUACAAUGCACGUACACGUCUGGGCAUGCUGGUCACUAGGUUGGUAAGAGUUUCAACCGGGAUUUCUCGCCAGCAUUGGAUCACAGCCUGAGUCAGUUCAGCCACGUUUGUUGGAGGAUCAUUCACGUUACACGAAACACUGAAGAAAAUAUUCCAAACUUUUUUCCAACACUGUAGUUGGCAGUUUUAGCAUGCUUCUAUAGAUUCAAUUUAGGGUACUGAAAUGUUAUCCAAAUAUUAGUUACCUGUGUGUCUCUGUUUCCUCGCUAUUCAUGUACAACCCUACAUAAAUUUGGGUCAGGUAUGCAAUUACUAGCACACUUAAAGAGUAUCAUUUUAUAACGUUCACCUCACUAUUGCAUACACUGGAGUCAUAAAAGGGCUGUAAACUGGGCCAAAAUUACACCUCAGUGACAGUGUCAACAGCAUAAAGAACUUUAUCAGGAUCCCAAAGGUAGCGCUGAUUGGAUUGCAAUGGAAAGUCAGUCACACAUCCCAUGUUGCUGUGCGGCUUAGCACCAGGCUCAGAUUACUGUAAGACUGUCAGGAGCCCUCGCCAUGAACUCCUAAUCUCUAAAAGUUCUCCAAGUUGGCGUUGUGAUAAUAAAACACAAACUGUAAGAGUAGAUGCACUGUCACGUUAUUAAAAUGACACUGACAGCAGGGAUCGCUAACAAUAGCUGACAUGUUGGUUGUGUAUUGUGAACUGAACACUGAAUGUGUUUCUUGAAAUACUCUAAUUCAUACACAGAAGCUGCUCACUCAGCUUUCUUCAUUCUCAGCCGUCUUUUUAUGAUGUGCUGAGGCUUCAUGUUUUCAUUUAUUGUUAUGUUGUUUGACACACAGAUGGGCUGACAUUUUGUUGGAGUACCAGUCCCAGCUGCACAUCUGCCUCAAAGAUUACCCCUUAAGCUUUCUGCACACACAUUGUGAUUGUCACAAUGGAAAAUUAGAAAGUGACAUCCUCUUAUUUUUGUCUCCCCAGCCUGGCACUCUGAAUCAGGCCAUCAAAGACGUUGAAGCUCUGGUGGAUAAAGAAGUCGAUGGCAACAUUCAAGGCACUUGGCUGAUGGCAGAGUGAGUUCAUGAUGUCAGUGUAAUGUUACACAGUGUUAUGUUCAUGCUGACAUGCAGCAUAUCGUCUGCCCUGUCAGAGCAUUUUUAUGUCAGCUACAACUUAACAAUUAUAAGCAGUACUUAAACACUUGGGAAUAGAGUUAUUAUUAUUUAAAGUGGCUGGUCUUCAGGGGGUUUUGUGUCAGUGUAUCAGUAAUCAUGACUAUAAGGCAGCUAUAACAGCUAUUUCAACACUUAACAUCCCAUGGUCAAUAAUAGCGUUUUUGGCCUCAGUUACCUCACUGAAGAUACUGCCUUAUGUUGUGAGUAACUGUGGACACCUUAUGGCACAUUUACUGCGACAUGAGUAUGUUGAAUAGUAUGUUCUAUUAUCUCGAAAAACAAUCUAUAAAUCAAUCUUUGUUUUAAUGGGCGCUUAUUCACAAUAAAUGUUUUCCAAAGACACUUAACUGGUCUAGACCAGACACUGUUCACAUAGACCCAAUGUAAAGAUUGGACUUAGACUGAGCUCCAUCCUAUAAGAUCAGACCCACUCUCAUCCCAUCUUCAACCACAUGAGCGAAACACUUAACAGCAUUUAUCAAGGUACAGAAGAGAGGAAGAACUUCCUUUAAGAAGCAGAAACCUCGAGCAGAACCAGACUGAUGUUAGACAGUCAUCUGCUGAGACUGAGCUGGGAUUAGAGAGGGGAGAGAUAGAGAUGGAGAAAGAGAGAGAUGGACAGAGGAGAGACUGAUAUCCUCUGCCGAAGGAGAUCAGACUGUUAAGUUCCUUAUCCUUUUUUAAGCAAGUUUAUAAACAAUUUUAUUUAUAAAUGUACAUUUACUGGAUAUGAGUUUUGAUGUAAUUCCAAACCUUUAAUUUAAGACUUAAUGUGUUAUUAUUAUUAUUAUUAUUAUUAUUAUUAUUAUUAUUAUUAUUAUUAUUACUAUUAUUAUUAUUAUUAUCAGUAGUAGUAGUAGUAGUUUCAUCUUUUAUUGAAGUCUAAAUCAUUCCUGUUGACUGAGUGUUUUGGAAAUUGUCCUGAUGUCUGCUGCUGUAUGUUUUACCUCUAUUUUUAUUCUGUUUUUAUGUUGUGAAGCUCUUUGAAACUCUGUUUUGAAAUGUGCUAUACGACUUAACUCAUCGUUAUUUUUAUAAAUGAACAGACCCUUAGUACGGUGAGAGACACAGCUGUGCACAUUUAAGUAGAUAUCACUGUUCUUACAAACCCCAAACUCCAAAGACAGCCACAUAUGAGUCAAAGCAGAGUUAGUGAUUUAAGUGCCUCGAACACAGAGCAAAAUGAAGUGACUGCAGGACAUUUACCGAGUGCACUUGCAGAUGUCAGGUUGUAUCAGUCCUACAAAAAGCUUUCAGGAAACAUUUAAAAGGCUGGCCAUGUGAGGAUGAAUAAUACAUCCCAUUUAUGCAGCUCUGUCCAACAAACACGUUAAUGUUUGUCCUAUAUUUGGCCUGGAUGUAGGAUUUUCUGCUACAGAAACAGUGCAUUAUAUGCUAAUUCAGUGACGCUGCUGCUUUCCCUAGAGGGCAGCCAGUGACUAACGUCGGAAAAACGUGAGAAAUUCCUCAAAUGUGGCUUUGCUGAAGAGGAUUUUCACUAAUUUUAGAAAGUCUAAGUUAAUCUAAUUUUGUGUUUUUUUUUCAAUGUUUGGAUGGCUUCUCUUUUGUUCCUGUUGUUUGUUCUUGGAUUUAUGAUUUAUCCCUGUUGUUAAAGCUUAUUCUGAGAAAGUAUUAAUCAUGAAUGACUCUGCUUUUGAACACAGAGUGGGUGGUUUUAUGUAUUUAUGUAGAAACAAAACACUGGAGUCCCUAGAAGAGUGUCACUUUGUGUUUUCCAGCGAUGGUGGGUUAUGACAAGGAAACUUCUGUGCUUGUGUAAGUUCAGUUUACAUAUGUAAAUGUUCACCUUUCUGUCUUUGGACCAUCAGAUGUAACACCUAUUGAAGAUUUUUUGCUGCAAAACAAAGAUCAACAAACAUCGUCAAGCAAAGUGCAUAAAAUCACUUUCCCCUGCCCUGCAGUAGCAGUUUCAGGCAUUAAAAUAACAAAAUGGUUAUAAAAUACUGUUUCUUGUGAAUAUAUCUUGUGGUUAACAAAGAGACAACAGUAUGAGAUUCUGUGAGUUUCAAAACCAGUGAAAAACUCCUCACAGGAGCUUUAAUAGAGAAUCAAACUCAGAGAGACUCCCUGCUGCCAACAGAUUUCAGAAACUUUGUGCAUGCCUCAAAAGGACUUAGGCUGUGUGCACAGUGAGGGGGUUAAGCGUUUUUUGACUUUAGUAGUCGGACUGAAACAUUGUCAACUCAGUGCAAGAAGUCUGGGUCUAAACUUUCUAAAGGUGGCUCUGUUAAUUGUAUUUUUCCAGAUUAUUUAUUUAUUUUGUAGAAAUUUAGCUAUACAGAAAUGUUUCCAUGCACAUUGUAUAAUCUUUGCCAAGGGCAUCUUUGGGAGUUGUGAAGCUCUUUCAUUACAUUAUUGAGCAGCUUUGCUCUGUACGUUUUUUAUAUUAACCUUAAAUAACAUCCUACAGAAUAUUUAGAGCUGCUCCUCCUAACUCACGCAAAUAAAAAGUUCAUGGUAAAAAUGCUCACUAUAACAUAGGUUUAAAAAUAGAAGUAGUCACUAAACAGUAAAAAAAAAAGAAAAAAGGGGGAGGUCAUAAUUUUGUGUCAUCUCAUCCUGUUUCGCUCAAAGAAAAAGUGUAUGACCUCUUAUCAUGGGCUGUGCACUGAAAGGGACUUUAAAUGAGGCCAGGUUGGUGUAAAGAGGGUUUUUCCUUCAUAUAUUUUUAAAGAGGGUAGAAGGAGAAGAAGAAAAACUGUUUCUGGAUAGGAGUCAUCUUUUAAACCUGGCAGCUGGUCCAGGCCAAGAAGUGGGCUGGCACCUGUCCUAAACAAAAACCAACAGUAGAUUAAAUCUUCACUCGAAGUCAAAGGUACCAAACCCAUUAGACAUCGAGGAAAGUAUCUUAAAAUUUUGGACACAAUGUACAAAGCUUAACCCUUAUUUUCAGAAACUUGGCUAGUACAUUUUUAUUAUUCUACUUGCAGACUUUGUACUUUUUAAGGUAGUUCAGAACAUUAUUUUGGUUUGUAACAUCCUAAAGUUAGAUGUUCAUCAGGACUUUCCAUGACCCUGAACAAAAAAUCUUGUUAGUUUUGAGUUUUUUAGUUUAAUUCUGACUUUAACAUGUUAAUGAACUCUGAGUGUCUUUCAGACUGACUUAGGAACAUGCGUUUUUGUUUGUGUUGCAUGGAAGAUUUUAUUUUUUGAUGGUUUUUUUUCUACUGUUGUGUUUGUCCUUUUGGCUCUUUACUUAUAACAAUCAAAAAGUGUAUUAAUAAAAUUUGCAUUAACCCUGCUGCGAGGAACUUUAGUGUGUGAGUUUUGGCGCCAACUGUGGAUCAAGUUAUGCUUCUUUUCUUUUAUCAUGUGUGAGUGAAACUAAAAACCUUGUUCUGUUGUCUUUUAAAAAUGAUAAGCAUAAUUCCCUGUGAGUUUUGCCAUAGAAAAGGUAAAACGGGUUGUUUCUAGGGCUUGUUGACAUUUUUUCUGGAGUGAAAUCUCCUCCCUCACGAAGAUCGGACAGAAGUUUCCAGCUUUGAUGGUCUCAUUUGCUUUAAAGGUCACAGAGAGGCACCACUAUCACUUGCCUUUCACAGUUCCUUAAAACAUCCAAGCAAAUAACUUCACUUCCUUUCAAAAGGACACCCAAACAUUUUCAUGUAUUUGUGACACACCGCUUUUCUUUCUCUUUUUGUUUCAGGGUGGACCACUGGAACAACGAGAAAGAGCGUCUUGUUCUGAUCACAGACAACACUCUUCUGAUCAACAAGUACGACUUUGUCCUGUUCAGGUGUGAGCAGAUACAGAGAGUCCCUCUGAACUUAGUGGACCGCAUUUGCCACGGCACCUUCAGCUUCCCCAAACACUCCAUUCUGCAGUAAGUGUGUCCUCAUUAGCCCUUUAUUAGUCCUUCAACAAGAAACUUGAAGUUUAUUGUGUCUGAAAAACUUGCAGCUUUGGGAAAUGAUAACCAGGAAACUUCAUAACUUAAUACAGACACAUUCAAGUGAGCAAAACCGCAUUGUGUUAGACAGAGAGCCGCAGAUCUCUGGUGUCUUGACUCAUUUUUAGUAAUUAUUCAAAAAUUUUAAUAAAAUAAUUAGUCAAAUAAAAUGAGUCCUCUUUAAAAUGAGCUCUUUGUAUUGUUUAGUUACUAAUUAGAAGUAAAGCCUUACAGGGAUUAGCUCUUUUUAUCUGAUUUAUGCUCUAAUUUGCUUCCUUCCCUUUAACGCUUGAGCUUUUACACGAAACAUGCCUGGUCACUUUUGCAAAGAAUUUAAAGAAGCCGUAAAAAAACAAAAUAUGCAGCCUUUUUUAAUUUCAAAGACAGCCAAAGUAUGCAGGAUUUUCUAAAAAGUGUUGCUGCUGAUAUGAGAUGUCAGUGAAGGGAGUGAGGGCAGCAUCAGAGGGCGGUGUGGUCGGAAGGAUUCUUGCAGAGGAUGGUGCAGGGAGCAGCUGGGGACACGUAGAGAAGUCGAGCCGAAACAGUCAUGGCAGGCGGGCGAGUGUGCGGAGAGUUUUUAGGGCUGAGGAGUGCAGAGCUGUCACUUGGAGCUGUCGCUUAACUGAUUAGUAGCAAAAUUAAUGUAGUCCUUUCAUCUAAACCUUUUAAAGACGGCUCAGGGGAUACCAAACCAACUAAAACUAAUUUGAUGAAUAAAACGUAAUGUGCUGUGAAGAGCUUAGAGAGCGCUGCCUUUAUUGGAGGCUUUAUCUCUGCACAUUACGUUGAAUUAUACAUAAAACACUCCUGAAAGCCACCCGGGAGUCCGACAGUAAAGAGACGGAUUCAAAUGAGAAAAGACUGGAGCCUCAAACAGUUCCCUUUUCUGUCUUCAUCUUCAUCCCUCCCUCUUUCUCCUCGUCUUCCUCUCUGUCUCUCCCUCAGGAAGUGUCUUCUUUUUGUCUAGGUCACUCUGUCUUAUUUUUGGCAGAAAUUGAUCUACAGUCAACUUCAUCUGUGUAUGAAAAUGAAUCUUCUACAACACUGCAAUAGUGUGAAGAACUUUGUUUCCACAUCAGAGAAUCAGCAUGAGACAGAAGAGCACUAAAAACCAGGCUGUGAAGAUUAUUCAGUCCUGAUUUCUGCUCAACCCUGUUUCUCAUUAACUACCUUUUGGAACAACUAAAGACUCUGUAGCCACACAACAUUAGCAUAUCAGAUAGAGUAUUGAAUUAAUAAACAGUAACCAACGACCACAUAAAGAAACCAAGCUGCAACCUCCAGUGAAGAUUUAUGCAAUAGAAGAAAAAACAGCAAUUCCUCAAUGGUCCAAUUGAGGUUAGCUCCAAGGAGUGCCUACAUUUACCAUGAUCCCUUAAUUAAUGACUGGUAUUUAAUCCUAAUGAUAACCCAUAUCAUGAGCAGGAUGAGUGAUGAAAGGCCAGCAUUCAAUUUAGAACCAGGACAGAUUCAUGUUUCUGAUAUGGAAUAUGUAAAUAUGGGAAACAAGUUACUCAUGAGUUCACAGUGAUCCCACAAAAAACCAUUCAUACAUCCUGAACUAUUUGACUAAAUAAUAUCAUAGUAAACCAGAUCACAGGUCAUUUAUGCACAGUCUGUUCCUCUUUUUUCUUUGUAGUGACCGAGUUUAUCACCAUCAGCACUAGGCAUGUGCCGAUAUGAAAAAUUUGAUAUGACGAUAUUGGUGCCCUAAAAGAUCACGAUUCACGAUAUUAUCGUGAUAUUAGCGCAUUGCUUUUAACGUUAUUAAAAAUGGCAAAAAGCUGCGAAAUCACUUCUCUGUGCACAGCAUGACACGCACAAACAAUAUGAGCAAGAGGCAGCUAACGCGACAUUGGGAGCAUUAGGGUUUUGGAGCUAAAGUUAGCAGAAAUGUCACUAACAUUGUCAAUAAUAAGCAGUAGAGUAGACCAAACUUGUUGCGGUCACGUUGUUUUUACCUUGAUUUGGGCGAAUGAUGCUGGAUGGUGUUCACGGAGGUAGGCACGUAAGUUUGAAGUGUUAGACAACGGCGCUGCAACUUCCUUACGGUGUAACCUGCAGAUUGGUGUCAGGUUUAUCUGCUCCGUCUGUUUUGUGAAGCCCCAAAUUGCCAUACUGCUGACAAAACCUUUUUAACAGGAGGAUACAGCCGACUGAGCCAAGGCGUUUCGUCUUUCUCAGUCUCCGACUGUUCUUGGUCCGGUGUUAUGCCGUAGAAUGCACCCCUGCUGUUGAAUGCACCCCUGACAGGAGCGCGGUUGAAAGUACAUAACAAGGUGAAAUAAUCCAAGUUUUCCUUACCGUUGGGCUUUGACACCGUGGGUAAGACUACGAGCAGGUUAGGUUGGUAAGUACUCGUCUUUAAAUUAUAAUGUGGAACGAUUAUUACAGUACCUUACGAUUUCAUAAUCGCAGCUGUUUGAUAUUGCAUAUCGCGAUUAAAUUGUAUAUUGGCACCUCCCUAGUCAGCAUCUUCACAUCCACUUAGAGCUGCUCCAUGAGUGCAAAAUUAAAUCUCUUUACAGGAUGAAGAUGAAGAGUCUUCAACAAGUUCAUUCAGGACAGAUAUGUCAAGUUUUACACUUUCUAAUCAUCUGUCAUACUGGAGCUGUAAGCAAAGUAUUAUCUGAAAAAUAAACAUACUAUUCUGUGUAAAAGCAGCAUAACCACGCAAUCAGGGUUCACCAGACUGAAGAAACUGAAAGAGACAAUAACACACACGUGCACCAUCAGUCAAAUUAAAGCAACAACAACCACUGUACAGCAGUCUACUGUGGCCCUGUAUGGCUAUAGCUUUGAAAAAAAACAAACCAAACAUAGGAAAGUCUGUAUGGUGGGGGUUGAUCUAUGGACAGAGCUAGUCUGAUUGAACAUUUGUAGUACACAUAGAGAGAGAUAGAGAUGUAAUUAGAUAAAGACUAAAUAAACCACUUUUACAGGGAUACAGAACCCUUUGUGAAUAAUGCAAUAAUGUGGCUGGAGUUAGUGAACAAGAUCCUCACUUUGUAUAAAAUAUUAUCACUACCUGUGGGCUCAUUACAGAUACUCAUUAUGCAAUGCAGCACUUUUUUUCUUACAGUUGUGUUUGGCUGAAUAGUGUAUUGGCUUGCACUGUUACUAUGCUUCUUCAAGCGAGCACUGUGGAACUUUGCUAGUGUGUUGAUAACCAAUGGUUUGUAAAACCAGUUGUAAAACUGCCUACAAAGUGAUAUCACUUUGAGAAUUUGAUACUAAGGUCUGUGUCUAAUUGAAGCCUGUCUCAUAUAAAGACCUGGAACAUGAGGCAGUAAAAACAAAUAGAAGACAUGUAUUCAUCAAUCAGAUGCAUCAAUCAAACAAUAGACUGUAUUGCUCAAUUCUAGAGCAAACUGUACCACCACACAGAUUAGCUUCCUUCUUUACUUUUAAUUAAGACUCUAACAUUGAUGUAUAUUUGUAUUUUUUUAUAGUGGGUUUAACCAAAGUGUGUCCCAGUCAUCAUUUUUUUUUGUCUUCCUUCAGUGAUCUUUGUCUCAGACAGCUGUAGCUAACUGGACUGAAUUUAAACAUCAGCACUAAGAGCUCAAGACAGAGAAUAAUCGAUCCAAAGAAAAGUAGAUUGCCUAGGAAAGAGCCGCCAAACAAGAAGAUAGCGAAAAAAGAAAAAAACAAACAAACAAUGCUUACUCUUGCGCGUAUACGCUUAUGUGUACACUCUAAGGUGACUGAUAUCCCAGCAGCAGCAGCAGCACCCAGCUUAGCUCCAGUGUCAAGAAACACACUGCCUCCUGAAAUUGGAGCUGUAACACAAAAAUACUUAUUGUAGCUGCAGAAAUUGAUAGAGUGGUGAGAAAUAAUGCUCUUUUAAUUUCACACCUUGUGUCCUUAUAUUUCACUCUCUUGCUGAAGGUGUAAUCUGGGGUCAUUAGAGUAAAAUCUGUGCUUUAACGUAUAAAACUGUUUAAUACUUUUUAGGGAUUCUCUUUAAAAAGUACAAUUUUUAGGCUCAUCCGAAAGAAGAUCCUCAGAUUCAUAUUAAGGGAAUCUUGUUUUUUGGUAGAUCCAAAAACUUAGGUUAUUUGAUAUUUUUCCUCAAAAUGAAAUUUCCUUUUAAAAUCAAUGAGACAUCAUUUAACAUACAUAUAUUCAGCUGCUUUUUCAACUUUCAUGGACAAAAAUCUGGCCUGUUGCAGUUAUAGUUUUGGUGAUCCCAUUCCUGUGUGAGAAAAUUCAGUCCGCAGCUGACGGUUGUGAUCUGACCACAUGAUGUCAGUGUACAUCCUCGGUACAGACAGUUCAUGCAGGAGCUCACCACAUCACGUUUCUUCAUCUGUUUGAUGUUGUCAUGGCUGAUUCUGCAGCUGUGUGUAUGAGUCUGUGCUACUAGAAAGUCUAAUAAUGAACGUGCGCACCAAAUUCAACACCUGCACAGUUGCAUCAGAAAAUAAAUCCCCCUCCUCCUGAAAUAUUUAUAAAUGGACAAGAACCUGUCGGAUUUUCAGCAUGUGAAAUAUUAGGGAUGAUUGUUUAUUGAAGUCUUACCUCCAAAAAACACAUUUCCAGAAUUUAGAAAGACAAAAGACACAACUUUGUAUUUUAGAUUAAUCGAAAAUCAUAGAUGAAAUAAAAUACCCAUGCAUUCAGUGAUUAAACAUCAACUGUUUUACAGCCUCCUGCAGAAAAAUAGCUCGUUAAUAUAACAGCUUCAUCAUAUGUGUAAGAAAGCUUUCGAUAUUUGUAUAUCACAGGUAAAAAUCAUUUUAAUAUUUAUCUUUCAAUAGUCAAAUAUAAUCUUUUACCACCAGAACUUCUCAAACAGCCUGUGUCAGAAUAUUGACUUUAUCGGAGAGUGAUACAUCCGCAGGCUGGAUUUGUGCAAUAGUUUGAACCUGGAUGUUGAGCAGAGCAAAAAAACAAACAUUUUGUCAAAGAAAUUGUACAGAAAAUGUCAAUAAGAUGAAGAGUAGAUCAAAGAAAGGGAAAGCUGCUUCAUUUUAUUCAUCAAUAAUAACAUGACUGUUUUCUGUGAGUUUUCUUCCCAUCAGACGAGUCAGGUAGUCUGAAUUUAAAUGUUCUUUUUAAUGACCAAGAAAUGGGUUUAUUUGGGACAUCCCUAGGAGAGAUGCAAGGGUUGUUUUGGGGUGUACCGAUACAGCUUUUUUUUUACUCCCGAUACGAUGCCGAUAUUGUAGCCUUCAGUAUUGGCCAAUACCAAUAUUAAUCCUAUAUUGGCGCACAAUUGUGCAUGACAAGUUUUGCACUCAGCUUUUUUGGAUUUAAACAAAAAAUACUGCCACAUGACAGACAUCACUCCUACUCCUUGCUACUUUGUUAGUUCCUUAGUACACACUGUUGUUGUGAUCACGUGGACUCUGCAUGCUGGAUUCUGGUGCUGCUAGAUAGAGGUGCUGGAGUGGAGUCUGGAACCUACUGCUUGAAUUGGAGCACUAAUAUCGGAAAUUUCAGAUGAAGGCUGAUAUAAUCCAAUAUUCGUUUUUUGCUGAUAUCAGACCAAUAUCCAAUAUUAAUAUCGUAUCUGUACAUCCUUAGUUGUUUGUCUUUGAACAAAUGGCCUUUCACUUUAGCUGAGCAUUUAUACUAAUGAAUUAGUAUGAGAUGAGUCAGCUGUUGAAUUCAGGGUGACAGUCACUUUUUUGAUUCCUUAUUUAUUUAUUUUUCAUCUUUCCUAGUUUUUUGGUGUGCUGUUUUAAGCCAUGUGAUGGAAGUUAAAGGAUCACAGUUUAUCCUCAACUGUAAAUUUUUCACAAUUUCUUUUACCUCUUCACUCUAAAAAAAACCUUUGCCUCCAAAUUUAGACUACAGAUGAGAAUAAUCUCUGAGCUUUGACACUAUCACUGUUCUGUGUGUCACUGAAUUGAAUCUACCUAAUAUUUCUUGGUUGGUUAGAAAUGCCUGCUACAUAAACAAAAUAAGUCUGGACUAUUUCUGGCCCUUUAUUGCAUUAUAGGUUUCAUAUUUGUUGCUAAGCAUUUUCCACUCUCUGUUUUGCUAUAGCAACUCUAAAGGAGAGCUUCUUCACUUCCAGGUUUCAUGAGGAUGCUUUCUGUUUUUGGUGUAUACCACAGGCAUUUCUCACCGCACUUAACUUAAAAUCUUGUGAAGUUCAGACAUCAAAAACCCCACCAUCAGUGGAUUUUAUUAGGUUUUAGAUAUCGUUCUUUCUCAUGGUGCUAGAAUUUCUUAUGAUAUAAAUAUUUUAUAACAGUAUUACAGAAUUUAACUCACUGAACUGAAAGUGAAAUCACUUGAACGUUUGACCCCUACAGUCCCAGACCAUCGGUUUCAAAACAAAGAACACCUAACUUCCUCUAUGGAGCAUCUUGUUUUGCGCCUGUGUUCAGUCAGCCUCCCCUAAAACCUUAAAGAUGCCAAAAGAAAGCGUUGAGGGAGUGUCAGUAUUUUUAGUCCUGAUGAUUUUGUUUUCAUCGCACACUCUCCAGGUGAAGGAAAAGCAGCAUAUAUUCUGCAUCUGUUGGGAAAGAUGUGUUUUAAGUGCCUUCUUUCCAAACUGUCUAGACAAACUAAUUACCCAGCACAUCAUCUAUUUUUUUUAUUUCCUGUCUGAAAGAGUUGGGUGUGGAGGUAUAAAGAAACCCCACUUGAGGUUGCUUCAGUUGCUGUUGUAGGAAAUAUAUAUAUUUAUGAAGGUUGGAAAUAAUCCCAGCCCUGCAUUCCUCUGUUCCUCAUCUGAUCGAGUUUUUUUUCUCUUUUUCUGAAUCAGGUUUCAGAGGGAAAGAUGCUUUAUUUAACUCAAACCUUCAACUUCUCACAUGUUUAAAAGUUUAUCAGCAAGGAUAUCUUUCUCAUAUUGUCAGUAGACACAAGCUUACCGAUUCAUCUUUUCAAUUAUUUGAAUAUGAAGAUCAAUAGGCUGUCAAAUCUGGGAUUUCAGACAGUCUUUGCAAUAGUACCUGGAGACUCUCUUCAAACAUCCCCCCUCUCAUCCUGCAGUUUUUCUGACCACACCUAAACCAACCAGAGCAGCUUACUCAUUCAGACAGCAGAGGGCAGUCAGUUCAUUGUAGCCAUUGAGAUAUGAUCCGUAUACUGUGCUGUGGGAGCUUAUUAGAGGAUAGCUGCAAAGAUGUAAAGAAAAAAGCAGGUAAGUUAAAUUUCUAUAAUGCAAAGAAGAUUUAUUCACAGUCCGUUUUGAGUAAAAACACCGGUGCUUAGUGUCCCCAAACAAUCACACCAUGCAAACACUAUUGUGAGGACCCAGGUCAGUGAGGGUAACCCUGAGGUCAGUACUCCUGCUGUAGACACAAAGUAAAAAAUAAUGGCAAUAAUGGAAAGAGAAGUAUGUCAAUGCCACUGUUCAAUCUGCCGCUGCUAAAAACCUACACACUCUUUCAAAUCAAAUUGAAAAUAUUUGAAAAGACUCAGUUUGAAACUGUGCCACUGCUGGUUCUUUUGAGGGGUUUAGAGGAGAAAGUAGCAGGCUUGUACAGUGAAUAAAAACAUUUAAAAUGUCCAUACAUAACUUUCAAAAAUAGACUGAACCUUAACACAGAGCCUCCAUGUACUACACUGCAGCUCUAUCAGCUCAUUCUUUGGACCCCUGUAUGACAAAACUGUAUUUUUACUCACAUGCCUUUUGAACUACAGCUUGUACAACAGCUUUCUGAUAAAGUCACUACUCUGCGUGCAGACUGCAUCCGUCAUCGUUUAUCCCACAUUCAGGUACAUCAGUUGGUCACUUAGGUGACAAGUCAGUAAGUCUUUAUUUAUGUAAGUUUGUAAGUUAGUUAAUUUUUUGUCAGUUACUAUGUUUUUUUGCAGGUUAAUGGCUUGUCAGUAAGUCUGUACGUUAGUUUGUGAGUUGAUUUCUUAGUUUGUAAGUUGGUGGGUGGGUGUUUAAGUUAGUUAGUUAGUUAGUUAGUUAGUUAGUUAGUUAGUUAGUUAGUUAGUUAGUUAGGUUGGUUGGUUGGUUGGUUGGUUGGUUUGUUCAUUCGUUCGUACCUGAGCUUGCAUGACAAUUGUUGGUGUUAAGUUAGUUACUAAGCACGUUUGUAACGAAGUUAGUUUGUUAGUUUGUGAGAGUUGUUAGUUAGUUUGCUUUUUUGUUAGUCAUUAUGUAACAUAAUAAAUUACCUUUACAGAGAACCCACAUUUCUGGUUGUUGUAUUUAGCCACAAUCUCUGCUGUGCCCUCUAGAGGCAUCCUCCAGUUACACACAAAGUGCAAAGCACUAAGUUAGUGUGUAGUUUUGAAAAAGGUUUGAGGUUUGAAAAAGGGCAUCUCUAGUUUUGCAUUAAUACUACAGUCUACUUCCGGACGAGGAUUUGGGAUUCUGUGAAGGGCCCCCCCUUGUUUUUUGUCUCAGCUGCUUUCGGCCACAUGUGACCCUUUUUUUAAUGUGGAGGAGAGUCACCUUAUUGAAGAGUGUUUCUGAACUACAUCUUGUUGAAUAUCGUUAAGGUUAAUGUUGACAUUAGGGAAAUACAGUUUGUGCCAUGAAUAAAGAGUAGGACUUAGGUUGUUUCUUAAAUACCUGAAAAAGGAGUCACACUUGUCCAUCACCAAGCAGGCUGGUGCAUCACUGUUUAACUUGAAAUUCAUCCUCACUGCUGCCAUAAGUGAGUAAUACUAAAACGUUUUUACCUCAACUGCUCUUUCACAAGUAGUAAAAGGGCUGCAUAAAUCUAACAACUGGAUCUUUUUCUAUGACUAAAACAGUUCUUCCUGAGAUAAUACCUCUGUUACACCUGUGGUGUGAGUUUUAACACUGAAUAAAAUAAAUACAUCUGAAAAAUCAAAGAGCGGAUCAGGAGCAGAGUCUUCACCAGGGUGCACACCAUCAGUUGAUAAGCUUGAUACAUGUCUAAUGUUUUGGGCAUGCUGUUGUGAAUCCACACACCUUUGGAGCUGUUUUCAGCUCCUGGCCUUCGCUUUUUGAGGGUGGAAAUUUCUUUGCCAACAGCCUGCAGCUAUGAUAUCACAGCUUUUGCGUCAUGACACCUACUGCAACAUGUUUGUGAGCUCCAGAGUUUGAAGGAGAGCAUGAAAAAUGUAAAUGUGUUGUUAAAGGUUGAUCACAGCAGUCAGGUUUGAGUCUUGGUGUUUAUCUUUGUUUUUCUAGUCAUCACUCCACCCUUUCCCUCGUUUUGAGUCCUUUCACAUGUUGAAUAAGACCUUUUUGGAUGGAUACAUGAAUGGAUGGCUGACAAACCUGCAGGCUCUAUUGAGCAACUGGACCAGAUUUGUUUGUUUUCUCUGAGACAAUGUGGGACACUUGCCAUGUCAACUGGAGCUGGGCUCGAUAUUUAUCUUGUGUGUUGACUUAUGAAGCCUGGGGAGGAAUUUUUCGUCACUUGCCUUUAAGCGCAGAAUACAGUGUUUCCCUCAUGCUUGUUUGCAUUUUUGUAUGAGCACGGUGGAUUAAGGGGAACUCGGGUCAGGGGAAGGUGGAUUCCCUCAGUUUGGACACUCGCUCAAGGUGUUUGUAAGUCUGUUUAUUCUGACCAGGUGAGGCUGUAGGAUGGCAAAGGUGUGCCUGUUCUCACUGUUUCUAUUCUGCAGCUUUUUCAGCGUGUGCAGAGUGAAAGUCAAAACCCCAGCCCUGCCACAUAAACACAGUGAAGACUUCCAAGGCCUCUGGCUGCAAAGCCCAGCCCUGCUCUGCCUGUUUGGGCUGGUCCCUCUCCCAGUGAUAGCUUACCUGUGGAAUUUACCAAAGCUUUUUUAUAUCCCCAUUUAUGCUCCAGCAAUAGCUGUGUGCUCUUACAAAGGGCAAUGUGUACAAAUGUAAACCCACCAUCCUCAUUUGCUUCAGCUGAAAUAUAAUCAGUCUUUUAACCUGGGUUUUGCUUUUGUGAGUUCAUUUCUUUCCUCCCCCUUUUCUCCAUGCACAACAUUUGCUCUGGAGGAGGCACAAAAUGUUCAGCAGCAGCAGCAGCAUUGUCAUUUUGAAAGCACUUGUGUAAACAGGGCUGGAUGAUUGCAUUAUGAUGCAGCCCCUCCCUGGGACGGUGACAUAUCAACAGCUUCAGCGCUAUUGUUUAGCCUCAGGUGUUUAAUUCUGUUUGGCAGGAAGCGUUCUUGCACAAGGCUUGUGGUGAAAUCAGAGCGACAGAUCAUUAAGACAAUCAGAACACUGUUGGGAAAUCUCCUGAAUCCUCACUUCUCUAUCCUCUUUUGCUUUAUAUGCAAAGCAGAGCAAGUACAUUAUAGAUGAGACUGUUGCACAAACUUGCAGACCUCUAAUACCACCAACAGAAGUUACAGCUGUUGACAGAAUCACAAUAACACUAAAACAGGAUGUUUAAUUACCACAACAAACCCAACUUUAUAACUUUUAUCUUUUCAAGUGUUAAGCAUGUUACCUCUUGAAACAGCUGUACCAUUUAUAGUUUGAAUGGUUAAUGAAGCCCGAGGUUUUGACAUGCACUGAAAGGUUAAGAAGAUGCAAAAACUGAUUUGUGGGUUUGCUGUCAGACAGACAAAAACACUUGAUUACAAGUGGCCUGGGAGAUGUCUAAGAGAGUGACACAAGAGCUUAUUUUAGGUGAUUUCAGCAGGAACAACAGCAUGGCAGGCUGUAAAUAUGUCAAACCAAGCCAAAAAAGACCUCAAACAACAAAAGUAACCACCGACACUGUGUUAAAGACAGAGAGCAGAGGGAUUCUGGACACCCUGAAGCAGCGCUGUGUCACUUGAAUCUGUUACCUGCUCUGACAUUCUCUGCUUUGGGGUCUGGGAUACCUUGGUUGUAGUGGUGUUUUAUAACUUAUAAUCAAGAAGUAGCAUACCUGUACUUAUCUUGAUAGGUCUUUUUACACAUGCACUACACUUCUGGAAAUUUCCAACUAUCACAUGGAUAAGGUGUAUUUGCAAACACAAAGAGGGUAAAAGUCCAGAAAAUUCUCCAUGACAGAGUGGGCAGAAUAAUGAUGUGGUUUAGGUUGAGCAGAGUUUAACUGUUUGGCUUAGUUAUUCAUAUAAGUGUUUCUACUGUUGUGUUUGCAUUGCACAUAUGUCCUUACUCAGCUGAGUGUGCAAAUUUAGGCCUGACAUGGUUAAUGGAUUCCAUACAAAACUUUGUAUCAGGAUGUAAAAAUGUUUAGCUUUGUCUUAAAAACAAGCAUUUCAAAAUCAUGUUUAUGUGAGAUAUCUCAUUUGUUUGUCACUUCAAACCAAAAUUUUUACUCUUACCAUUCAGAUGGUGUAAACAGAAGAAAAAAGUCAGAUGAGAAUUGAAAUUUAACACAUUGUAUUUAUACACUGAUCCAUAGAGUCUGUGUGUGGUUGAAGUUUGAAGAUUCAAGGUUUUCUGAGUGUGGCGAACAACAGCAGAGCUAGCACCCCCAGCAUUUAGUCCUCCCUGCAUGGUAACAGUUACAUACUUGUAUUUGAUUCACAUUUUCCCAGAUGAGUUAACCAGACACAACCUACUGUAUCUCCAUUUGCCAAACAACACACUACAAGACAUGACAUAUGUCCAACAUUUUAAGCCCACAUUAGUGAAUAUAAAUCAACUAGUUUAUGUUACAAGUAAUUCUUGAGUAAACCAGCAAUGUUGACAAUAUUUAUCCUCAGGUGAACACUUUGGGGAACUGCAUGUUUUUUAACUGCUUUAUUUUCUAACACAGGAGGUUGCCACUUGCCUGUACACACCUGUGUAAUAGGUCAUUUUCUUACCACAGUAUUUUGGAAUUCCUAAGUAAAGGUCAGGAGUUCAUUUGUGAAAGGAACAAUUUAGUAGAAAUAUGAGAUUUACAAUGGAAUGACUCCUUGACCAAUGACAUUCAGCCACCAGGGACAGCUGACGACUUUAUAAGUCAUUCCAAACCACUUCCUGAGCGUUGUGCAGUGUUUAAAUAUCUUGAUAACGUGCAAUCCCUAAGAAAACAAUGCAAUUUGACUGUUAUUCUGAGUCUGAAUCUAUUUUUUUAAUGCAGACCAGAACAUGAUUUUUCUUAAUCAGCUUCAUUAUUAGAUUACUCUCAGAAAAUAUAUAAAAACAAGAUUAAAAAAGGACUGAAUAUGACUUGUCCAUGUUGUCGUGUUGCAUUUGUUCUAGACAAGCCCUCAGUUGAUUUGUUUAUGUGUUUAAAUUCAGUUACUGAGUGAAUUUUGAUUGUGGUUACUGUUCAUUUCUCACCUCAUUUUCUCUUCUGUCUUUUGUAGGGUAAUUAAACCAGUGUAACUGUUUUCUUUGUUUUUCUACUAUGGCUGUCAUUAUGCAGGAUUAAGGAGUCAAACCCGUCACAGCAGGUUUUUCAGGCUAGUGUUUUGAAUCAGGCUUCAUCUUGGGAGUUGUUCACCUGCUUUGUUAAACAGGUGAUGAUCAAUCGGCUACAACGAAAAACGGAUAGUAGUGUAUCUACCUAAGAUCCACAGUGGCAUGAAUCAAAGGUUUGUUUUGAUAGAAUUAUCCUCAGUUCACAUGUCAGGCCAGAGUCACUGUGUACGCACAAAAUAUUCUCUGCAACCAAUAAGAAAGUAUUUUGGUGGAGUUUGAGUGUAUCAGAAUCAGCUUUAUUGGCCAGCUACAAACAUUAAAUCUGAAAUAUUACCAGAAUUGUUACGAAAUGUACAUGUACAAGAUUAAACUAGACAUUUAACGUAUAUAUACAAAACAGUAGUGCAAUAGUGCAAAGAUAUACAUGUUAUAUUACUGGUGGGUUAUGUACAUUGGGGGGGGGGGGGGGUGUAUCUGGUUAUUGUUGUUGUAUCUGCAGAAAGUCUUAGUCUGCACACACAUGUCCUCAUCUUGCAUUAGUUUUUGUGAGGACGUGUGUGUGCAGACCAAGACUUUCUGCAGCUCUAUUCUGACCAGACCAACGCCCCAGGGCAAGAAACAUAAAUAUUACAGGAUACUUCUAAUCAGGAGCAUGCAUCAGUAAACACACAUCAUACUUGUCAUCAGCAGUAAAGCCAUAAGGAGCACGUUUGAAUGUGAUUGUUUGGUUAGAAGUUUAUGCUUCACAGGUUGCACAUCUCCAUUACAAGCUGCAUAUUGGUUGCAAUCAAAAUAUGUAUUAUUUACAUUUGCACGGAUCAAUUAAUCAAAUUUUAUUUAUAUAGCACCAAAUCACAACAGCUAUUAUCCCAAGACGCUUUCCAAAAGAGCAGGUCUCGACCACACUCACUGUCUGAUGUAUAACAAAGAGCCAAGCUUAAGAUGGGAAAGGUAUGACCCAUCUCAUCCAACAUGAGUGACAGUGGCAGGGAAAAACUCCCCUUUAACAGACAGAAACCUUGAGCAGGACCAGACUCAUGUUAGACAGCUGCUGAGUUGGGGAAAAACAGAGUCAAGUCAAGAAAUCUUUAUUGUCCCCGAGGGGCAAUUUGUGGUGCAGCCAGCAGCAAAACAGAGGCAACAUUAAAAAAAAUACACAGCAAUAACAUGACAGGUUAAAAAGGGUUAAAAAUAUACAAAAUGACAAUACAUAAGUGCAAUACCACGAUAGGGGACAGAAGAGAAGGAGUAAAGUGACCACAGUGCAUGCUAACUGGUGUUGUUCAGGAGGCCAAUGGCCACCGGGACCCAAGACUUUUGAAGUCUGUUUGUCCUGCAUCUUGGCACGUUAAAUCUACGGCCGGAAGGGAGCAGGCUGAAUUCAUGUGCCAGAGGAUGGCAAGGGUCCGACAGGAUAAGUUUAGCUUUCGCAAGGGACCUGGAUUUGUGCAGGAGGGAAAGGUGGGAGGGAGAGGGAGAUAGGCAGAGUGAGAGGUGGCAUGCGGAAACAUUUUGUUAUAGGCUAUCAAUAAAUGAUACAGUCAUCAGUCUUGUUUAAACAGCUAUUAAUUUGGUCAGUUUGAUUAGUUCUAUAUUGAAGGUGAGCAGCUUAAUGCCACACUAGCUCUAACCUGACGGAAGUCACUGAAUCACCAGCCGCUAGGAGUGCUGAAGAUAAUGCAGGCAGCCUUUGAUACCAAAGAAGAGGUCACUUUGUCCUGAUGUUUCAGUCUAACAGGAGUGCCAACUUCACAGCAUUUAAGUUAAAUAGAAAUCUGUAUUUAGAGAUUCUAUGUAAUUUAAAAUCUGUACUGUGAUAUUUAGGGGAAUAUCGGCCUUGGUGGAUUAUUCGGGCUGGUAUUAGAAUUUCAGUGAAGUAAGCCAGGCAGAACUUCAUAUCUGUAGUGAAACUGGGACUGCCCCAGAAACAUGUAAAUAGAAACCACUCUUUGCUUCACAAGCCAUGAACUUGAUUAAUCAUGUAUAUGGUAACAUAUUAUUUUGAUGUUGAUUGGCAGGUUUAUCAUUGAUUGUGAUGAUAAUUGUCAAAUAUUCAAGCUUCACAAAUAAGUACUCACCAAACCUUGUUAAAACUAGAUCAUUUUUAAAGGCAGGAAUCACUAAUCUUAUGUCCUCAGUCUGAGAGGUAUUGAAGGCGAGACAUUUGGAUGCACAAGUACACAUUUGUGAACUUCAGUUAAUCCAGAGCUCUGUCUUAAACUUUGGCAAAUCUCGUUUUGGUUUGAGCUCAGGUUUAUUGGAGUUUUCUGCAGAAAAGCAACGCUAGCAAGGAGGAUGUUUUGAACUCUCUGUGACCUUUCACUCCCUGAACUAAAACAAAGAUACUGUAUUACCCCCAGAUCUUACAGUCCUAAAGCAAGGAGAGCCCCAGACUAAAUGUGAUGGACGAAGUGUAAAUAAAGAGCAGUAAGGAUCUUCACAGCCUGUAGAUCAACACCAGCAUCAUUUCAAAGAUGGGAUCUGUGAGUGUUUUUGGUCUGUUUGCUCUCAGUCCUCUGAGGUUUCACUCAGCUGAGGAAAGAUAUGACUUGAGGGUAAUUUCAUUAAAGCUACAGUAUUUACUUUAAAACGACCCAAAAAAAGGAAAAGGAGAAGAAAGAAUCUAAUGAACACUCUGUAGAUUACCUCUAAUUCUGGUAAACAUGAGAUAGCUCUUAAAUUAAAUAUUGCCCUGAGGACAGAUUAGCACUGUUUCUUGUAAUAUUCUCGCAUUGUUCCAUUGAACUAGCAGGUUCACUCGACCAUAUUUAAGGAGAGUGUUCGCUGAUGUGAAAGCCAAAUAAUGAUCAAUGAAGGUGCAAAGUAUCAAGACUUGUUAAAUCUCUGCAAACAAACACUGUUAAGAAUUUAAAGACUGGGGGCAGUCAGAAAAAAGUAGAGCAGUGCCUAAAACUGAACUUUGACACUACAAUGUAUUUGUAUUUGCUGUAAAAUAUAUAAAUGUCUCUUCUUGUGUCCGCAAUGUGGCGCGAGGAAAACAAACACAAAGACUUGUAGGGCAUGCAUUAUGUGGUUCAUUUGGGGUUCAUUUCUUGAAUAACUGAUAACCCCAGCAAAUGUAAAUAAAACGUAUUGCAGGGGAGACUUGGGAACAGGUCAUAAGGCAAGUAGGCUUCAGAUACACUUCCCAUUCUGUGCAUUCCUGUACUCAUGAAGGCUGCCUGCAUGACCUGCCUUUGAUUGGAGCAUUUUCUUCGCACCACCUUAAAAUGUCCUCCAAGGUACUGUGUGCAAAGUGCAGUGUUGUUGCACAAGGACUGUGACUAGGUCAACACAGCAUUGGCAGAAGUGUAUGUCAUUAACCAAACCUGCAAAACAAAUGGAAACAAGUCCGGGACUGUUGGGGUAAAAUGUCAGAGAAAUGAAGCUUGGAGUGUGGACAGCUGCGUCUGCAGGCCACAAAGCUCCAGAUCAAACAUAAUAGUUACCUCUUUAACAUCUUUGUAGCAGCAUUUGGUAAUAGUAUAGACUGUUGAAUCUGGAUUUUGUCACAUGCUUGAGUCAUACAUUUUAGUUUUACUUUGUUGUUUGUGUUUUUAGGCGAGAUGGAGAUGGGGUGAGGGUCCACUGGGACCGGCUCAGAGAGCCCUCCUUUACCUCCAGGUGGAACCCCUUUGCUACAGACUACCCCUUCAUCACCUUCACCUACCAUCCUGUGAGAAACAUGAGUGAGGAGCUCAUGUCCCUCUGUGAUGUAAGUUCAUCUUAACUAUCUUCCAACUAUUUAAGUGUUUGUUUUAUGGUUUUAAUAUUUUCAGAUAUAACAUGUUGAAUACAUUAACGCUAAUAACAACCGAAGAAGUAAUCAAUGCCCACAGAAACCUGGAGAAAUCUCCUCUCCUCGCCUUUAAAUCCGCCACCGGCAAGGCGUAUUACUAUUUUCGUGAAGUCGUCAAAGAGCUCAAGAGAUGUCUGAAGACAGUAAUGCUACAUGAUGGCGACAGAAGGCAGCUCCUCAACAAGUGUCACUGUAAACGUUGCAUUGGGCGUCCUCCACACUCUCUCAUAUAAGCACAGAUGGAUUUGGUGUGUGUAAUGUUAGACCCACUAGUAAGACAAACACCCUUUUCCACAAAUAAAGACAAUCAUAUGAAGUUGCAUAUUUAAACCCCAUGUGACAAUGAUGGGUUGUUCCCAGAGAUCACAACAUAAAUUCCAAAAAUGGCAUUAAAAUCGGAACCAUCUGUGCGUAAAGAACGCAUCGCGCUCCAUGGCCUGGCUCUUUCUUUCAUAGAUGUUGGCAUAUAAAUAAAUUUGGCUCACAAAACUGAAUAUCAUAAUAUCCGUAUGUCGGCUUAAAGUAACUAACUUAUCUGAUCACUGAAACAAAUCAUCUGUUCAGCCGCCCCAGCAGCAGCUGCGGCUAGACGGGGAGAGGACACGGAGAUAUGUCCGGGUUGAGCUGCGCGAGAAAUAAGAGGAAGAGGAAGAAAAAAAAGGAGGGAGAUGAAUUACAUAUUUUGUUAACUUCAUCAUGUGUGUUUAUUUACUAGAUAUUUAAUUUAAUUUAAUGCGGUUUCAGCUGUGUUGAUACGGUCAGGUUGUGUGCCCAAACGCGCUCAUCAGAUCAGAUAUAGAUCAGAAUAUAUCGAUAUAGAUCUAAAUGUAUGUGCUGACUCAGAAUAAUAGUUGUUGAUGAUUAUUUAUUGCACUGAAAUGAGCCUGACACUGUGGAAACCUAACGGUGAGGCAUCGGUGACAUAUGCCGAUACGCCGCCGGUCUACCAAAAUACCACUAGACCAGCUGUGCUCUACCUGCGCUGAAAGCUGACCAGGUUUGAAUCAGCGAGCUUUCAGCGCUCUUUACACGCCUUUGGCGAGCACAAAAAUGUCACUGCGCCAGCUGAUUCUGUCGACACCUCCCUCUGCCAUGCCACCACGCCCAGCUUGGCGGACCUCGGUGCGCCUCAGUCCACGAAAAUACCAAACUGGCUGUAUGCCGUGCACCGCCAGACGAAAAUACCGCUGCAGGGGGUCCGCCACCCUCCGCCGCCUCACCGGCGGACACGAAAAUAGAGCCCUUAGUCUCGUCAGUCUGUUUGAACUGAAAUGAAUGGUUUUGCAGUGUUAGACUUCUAACUAACAAACUACAGUCUUUGGAGUCAUGUCCUUGUCAUUCAUAAUAUAGUUUUUAGAAAAAGAGAAAAAAGAUAAAAAUUGUAAAUGGAGUUUUUUUUUUUUUUUUGGAAAAAGAUCAGAGAUUUCAUUUGAGCAGACAUUGCACUAAUUUGAAGGGGUUGUUUUGUAGCAUUUUAGCUUUAGAACACAAAUGACUUAUUACCAGGUACAACACAAAUGCUGCUCCUUUGCUUUUAUUACUCAGUCUUGUGAUUAAGCAGCUUCUCUUAAAGUUGUUUAGCAUAUUUUUAUUUUUAUCUAGGUUUUAAAGUAAUAAAUUUUUCGAUGACAUUUUUGUUAUUUUCUGUUAUGCUGAUGAUGGGAUACAACAGAUAAACCAAAUGUGGAAUCUUUAAGUCUUGUUUCUCUAUUUUAUUGAGAUUUCAUAACUUAUAUCAAACUUGUAUCACAACACACUGUAUUUAUAACUUUGAUUUAAGUAAUAUCUAAAAGUUUUGUUUUGUUUUGACUUUUUGUAGUGUACUACGUUUCUAACUUUGGGACCAUUCCUUUCAAAAUUAACAAUGGUGUGAGCAUCAUAUCUCUGAACAUCUCUGCACAUAGAUCUCAAACUCAAGGGCAGCUGCAGGAGUGUUUACCUCCAAGAGAAAGUUUAUUAUCAGGGUAGAAUGAACUUUUAACUUGUCAGAGAGUCUCUGUUGAAAUCUGUGAUUUGAUUUGAUUGUUCAGUGACUAAUGCAGGUGGAGGUGUGUGCUGUGAGAAUCAUGCAGACACUUAAAAUGUGGUCAGAUGAGUCAUUCCACAGAAAAGACUUACUGGAACUAAGCCUCAGAUAAUAUCAUGUGUAAUCUGUCACUUCAGACAUCUCAUGAAACACUCCAAGCCGAGAUACAUCUGGAUCUUCAGACAGUACAGUCUCAUCAGGUUUUAAUUAAGAUAAAUAUGAAACCAAAGUCAAACUGUUUAUUUUUUUUCUUUGGUUUGAAUUUGAGCUCAUAUCAGGAAUCAGUUUCUUAACUAGAGCAUGUUUGUAAAACUUUUAUGGGACUUUCAACAUCAUCAGGAUGUUCAUGAGUGAGCAGGUGACUCAGCGUGAGGAGGAAAAAAGAAUGAACCAACCAUAAACUGUGUUGUUUUAAAGGUGUUCACUGUUGGGUAAUGUUUUAGACACUUCUUACGUUGUGUUUCUGUAGAUAUGAAACAAAGAGAGAGAAUCUUUAAAUGGACAUACGGAUGUUGACUAACACCUGAGCCUGACACAGGUGUGCAAAGAGCAGGAAAAACAUUUUCUAAGAAUGAAAAGAUUAAUAAGGACGCGAAACCACCAGUAAGCCCUGUCUGGCAGCAGACCAUUUAUUGAUGACAGUAGAUGGGUCAUUUUGUGUUGAAGGUAUGAGUAGUGGUCUAAAGUGAUGAUCAGUAGGGCCUGUUUAAGUCAUCAGAAAUGUGCACAGACUCCAAUUGGCUCCAAUUAGCUAAAUGUUGGACAGCAUCAGCCCCACCUGCAGGAAACUAUAUUAUACCUGACACAGUUCAUCAUCAAAGGGGAUGAACUGAGCAGUAUCUGAUGUGGUUAGGACACUGAUGUAAUGUUGAUUGAUGCUUCACUUGCUUUAUGCUACGCUUUGGAUUCACUCAUGCACGCUGCACUCCAGAUGAUUGUCAAUCCUCCCCAUUCAAGUGAAGACAUUGAACUGGCAAGUGAAGACCCCAAAUAUAAGACAAUCACGAUUUUUCAUUUAAGAUUUUAAGGAGAAAACCCUGUCUCCAGAUGUACAUUGUUAUUAUUUGUAUGUUUUUAAACCCUGCAGCAAGUCUCUGGGAGUAAAAGACAUGCAGUGAUGUAAUGAGAUGGUUCUGUUGCGUCCCUUGCCAGUGGAAAACCAAACUGGUUCGAGAUAGUUCUGGAUUUGAACCAUCUAUGAGCCAGCUCCAGCCCAGAUCUAGCUCCAGAGCCACUCUGGUUGAAAAGGAUUCUAGCUAGCUACAUGUGACUCAUACAAGGUCACAUAAAAACAUUGAACUACCCCUUUAUUUUAAAAGCUGCUUUUUCAAAUAUAAUUUUCAGGAAUUAGCUUUUAUUUUUAAAGGACAGGUCAGUGGAAAAGGUGGAGCCUGAAUACAUAGGACAUGCGUUCAGACUGUCAGGCCAAUAGGGUGGGAAACAGAUGCUUUUUAGAACUGGUCAUGACUUAGUGACAGGGGCAAGACAAUAAGGACACGACAGCGAGAAUUAAGAUGGGACAUCAUUUUUGAGUAUUUGGUUAUUUGUCUAAUACUGAUGAAUUAACUUGUAAAUGUGUUUUUUUUGUUUGUUUUUUCUGUUUAAAAGUGUGAAGUGUUGUGCAAAGUUGCCACUAAACUGAGCUGACUCAAAGGCCCUUUCAGAUGGAUUCAAGUGACUAAAUCUUAUGGAGAUAGACACAUUAAUCUGUUAGACCACCUUUGGGACCUAAAAAUCCUAAAGGUGUCUUUAAAAUGUGAGGACUUGAUCUGCAAGAACUAACUUGUAUUUUAUAGAGGAACAUUAAAAAGUAUCUAUGUUACAAGCUGAAUUUUGAUCCUGUCUCCACACUUUUCACAGAUCAACAGUUUUCGUGAGAAGCUCAAAGAGGCGGCACAGAAAGUCCACAUCAUGAAGCCAGUUCCUGGGAAAGCUAAUGGCGUCCUAUUGCUAAAUCAGGAGAUCCACAUUGACGCCUACGUUGGCCUCAUGUCUUUCCUUGGAAACCAGAACAAGUUGGGAUACUGCAUGGCUCGAGGAAACGUGGGCUACUAACUCCUGAUCAUUUGUAUAAAAGUGUUGUUGCUGCUGUUGUUGUUGCUGGUUAGAUUAUGGAAUGUUUGAUCAUGAGUUUGUUUAUGGAGUUCGGUGAAAUCUACUUUGAUUGACCAAAGAUUUUUCUGUAUUCAGGUUUGUGUCUCAGUGCAGCCUGGUUUCUGUUCUGUGAGAGCUUUAAACAAGUGUGUGAUCUCCCCCACUGCUUAUUACCAGUGUGUGGUGUCUGAGCGCUCAGAAAUAUCCACAUUUCAACGCCGCUCUUCACUGGAUGACGGAUCCCCUGCCGCUCUCAAGGAGCUUUGUAUUUGCUCCUCACUGAUAUGGUAAUUCAACUCUUUCGCAAUGGGACUCCUUUCUUCCUCCCCCGUUCCUCUGUUAAAAGCUCAUUCCCAUGCCGUUCAGCCCCUCAGAGAGUCACUGGAGCAUGGGGGCACAUUUGUCAGUUUAGUUUUAUCAUUGCUUGUGUAUUUUUACAGCACGUACAGUUUUGGAAUUUCCCCUUGAUUUGUGUGUUUACUGCAUGUCACUUUGCUGCGUUUUGGUAUCAUCUGUUUGUCUUGUGAGCCUGCCACAGAUCAGAAACGAAACCUUGGCAUAUUUGGAUGUCUCUUCUUUUUUAGCAGCAAGAGAUAUGCAGAAUUUACAUGCAGAGUCUUCAGCACUGUUUCUGUCUAGCACACUUUAUCAGUCGGCUUUAAAAACCAUGACCUCAUAAGAACUGACAUUUAUUUACAAAUUAAUCAUACAGUCAAAACCAACACCUAAACAAGACCACAAGUUACCUGCGAAUACUGUCACAAAUCAAGGGCCCUAUUUAAAAGAUCCGGUACGUAGGGUAAACAUGACCACAUUUUUAUUUUACAGGGGGUACAGCGUCAGUUUUAAGUGAGGCACUGGGGGCCAGAAGGUUAGUUUAAAGCUGCUAUGAAGAACUUUUUGUUGGUGUGAGUUUGGGCGCCCCCGGUUGACAAAGUUAUGUCUCUAAUCUUUUUGUCCAACAAAAGUAAAAUUAACCUUUCCAGACAAAAAUCUUCUUCUGCUUUCUUUUGAAAGUGAAAUGCAUUGCUCACUGUAAAUAUUAACAAGUUGUUAGGGUGUUUACUCAGCUUGUUGUACAUCAUGUGGUCCAACACCUACCCCCUCACAGCCGUUUCAGGCAGUAAAAAUUAUUUUAGAGAAAUUUUCUGCCUUCUUGUUGAUGGUCCCAUUUAGUUUCAUAAAUCUCAGACAGAAAUCAGUCAGUUUCAGCCUUUUUCUUAACCAAUUAAAAACCUGUAACAGUGCCUUUAAAUCCCUUGAUUAUUCAAAGGUAUUAAGUGCAACCUGAAUUAGACCAAUCAGAGUGUUUGGUCUUAUUCCCUUUAAAAGUCAGGUGUGCCCUCAGACAGGUGUGUCGCUAUCUACACAGCAGAUGUCAGCUUUUUUACUUUCUUGUCCAAGUGGAAUAGAGUCAAUGACCAGUGACUUUCCAAAUUAAGAAAUGAGAAAUUGCAGAGCAUUUACGCCCAACCAUACUUUUCUAAGGACUAACAUAGAGCAGAGUUUACACAGCCUUGGUGCUUGUUUGUGUCAGUUUUGGUGCCCCCCUGUGGCCAAAUCAGUCUCUGCUUACCUUAUUCUCUGUAUGCCCUAGUAAUCACUUUUGUCAAAAUUAAUCACUUUUGACAAAACUUUCAUUCUGCUGACUUUGACAACUGAAUGUAUCAUUUCUUGUGAAUAUUUUAUGUGUAAAUUGUAAAAACAGGGCUGUUUCUUUUGUGCUUGACUGACGCCUUCAUUCUGGUUUUAGGCAUCAAAAUUACUAAGUAAAAAUUUUGUCACCGAU